AUGAGUCCCGGUGCGCUGGUGCAGGAGGAAUACCGGCGCUGCCUGGAGAGGGAUUUCCGCAGAGGCCACACCGGGGUGUGUACGGACUCAUCCCUGAAGCAGAUGCUGUGGCGCCAGCUGUUGGAGGAUCCAGAGCUGCACUGUGCCCUGCAGGGGGAAGACACCUUUGCCAUGCUUGCGGGGGCCCUGCGAGGGCAGCUGGACCUGGGGGUGGCCCUCCGGAAUCUCUGCAGAGCCUUUGAGGUGCUGGAGCUGGCGGCCGUCAACCUUUACUUCUUCCCCUGGCGCAAAGAAUUUAGCACCAUAAAAACCUUCUCUGGCGUCUACGUGCAUGUCCUCCAGGGAGUGCUCUGCGAGGCCGACAUUGCCAAGAGUUUCUACCGGAUGGGGUAUGUCCAGAGAGACAGCCUCCACCUGAUGAUUUCCCAGCUGCCACCAGGGCCCAGCCUGCUCCGCGUUGCUUGCAGCUUCUUUGCGGCCCAGGUGGAGUGCCAGAUCCUGGGCAAGAUCUUGGAGGAGCUGGAGCCUUGUGGAAUCUCCUCUGAAGAGCUGCUGCAGGCACGGAGGGAGGCCAGGGGCGGCCUGGAGGGCUGCGUGGCCAAGCUGCAGAGCCUGCUUCGGUGGCCCAGGGGCAAAGACUUCUGCGUGGAGCCAGCCGACGGGGUUGACCUGUACAGGGAGAGCCCCGAGGGACAGAACCCCUGUGGCGAGCCUCCAGGAUCUAGGCCCCCAACUCAGCAUCAGCCUCCCCGCUACGAGCGCAGCAGCAGCCCCCGGCUGAGGAGCAAAGAGCUGCGUGCGAGGAGCCCCCAGGGCCUGUCGGAGGGCAGGAGCAAGCUGUGGGGCUCUGGACAGGAGCAGCCCUGUGGGAACGGUCUCGUGGCCCCCGAGGGGCCUGAUCUGGAGACCUCCUUCUCCUUUAUCUCCUUGAGGCGGGAGCUCAGCAGGUCGAGCGACACGGAUUAUCCCGCACAGCCGGGAAGCCGGUUCUUGUCCCCCAGUCCCCACUACGAGAGUCCCGGCCCUCAGCCCCACGGCACAGGUAGACCGGCUUCUCCUUCUGCGAGGCAGCUGAGGAGCCCCCAGCUGAGCCCCGUGGGCCUGCGCCGAGCACAAGGGCUGGGCUCGGGGGUGGCAGGCCCGGAGCCCCCCCGCUACCAUCUGCAUUCAUGCCUGCUCCCAGGGGCGCUGCCUUCAUCCUGCUGUGCCAGCUGCCGGUUGCUGCACGACAGUGGCUGCGACAUGGCCCAGCGCUGCCGCAGCUCCCACCAUGUUGAAGAGCUGCAGAGCGAGAAGCAGCAGCGCCUCUGGCUGCAGCGGACAGAGGUGGACAAGCUGUUGCAAGAGGUGGGUGGAGCCAGGCAGUAG